GUCUACACUGACCGGGGCAGUUAGUUCUUAUCGGUACAGCACUGCAAGUAGCAGGAACUCUCGCGAACGCACGGUGUCACUCUGCAUGCCUUGGUUGGAGACCAGAACCAUCCCUACAUUGCUAAUUGCAGCUGCAUUCUAUUGCUAUUGAUCAGUGUUAAUUGGUGUCGUGCUAGCAGGUGUUUGUAUUGAUUGGUUCUCAAUUCUGUGCAAUUUAGUGCCGAGUCUUCCAACAUGCCGCCAAAAGACGAUCCCGAGGUAGCGGCCUUGAAGAAGGAGAUCAAUGAUAUGAUUGCCAAAUUUCAGGAGGAACAGAAAAAGGUGGCAGACUGCACACUGUUUGAGAAGUGUGGCGAUCUUGGCGACGUUCCGAAGGUGCGCAUCUCGACGAAAAAGUUCCUCAAGGGUCACAUCAAUAAGGUAAACUCGGUACAUUUUGCCGGCGAUUCGCGGCACUGCGUUACCGGUUCGCUGGACGGUAAGCUGAUCAUCUGGGACACCUGGACGGGCAAUAAGGUGCAGGUUAUUCCGUUACGUUCGGCAUGGGUCAUGAGCGUGGCGUACGCCGAUUCGGGUAACUUCGUUGCCUGUGGAGGCAUGGACAACAUGUGCACCGUGUACGAUCUUAACAAUCGCGAUGCGCAGGGCAAUGCGAAGAUCGUGCGCGAACUGAUGGGUUACGAAGGUUUCCUGAGCUCGUGCCGUUUUCUGGACGAUACACACAUUCUGACCGGAUCGGGCGAUAUGAAAAUCUGCAUCUGGGAUCUGCAGGCGGGUAAGAAGACGUCCGAGUUUGAUGCGCAUGCCGGCGAUGUUGUCUCCAUCUCGAUGAGCCCGGACAAGAAUACGUACGUCACCGGUUCGGUCGAUCGUACGUGCAAGCUGUGGGACGUAAGGGAAAACACACCGAAGCAGACAUUCUUCGGGCACGAUGCGGAUGUGAACAGCGUAUGCUAUCAUCCGAGUGGAUUUGGGUUUGCUACCGGGUCGGAGGAUAAGACGGCACGUUUGUUUGAUUUCCGCUCCGAUCAGCAGAUUGGCCACUACGAACCACCGAACAAGAACAGUGGAUUCACAUCCUGUGCUUUGUCUCUGAGUGGCCGUUACAUUCUGUGCGGAUCGGACGAUAACAAUAUUCACAUUUGGGACAGCAUGAAGGGACAACACAACGGUACACUGAGUGGACACGAAAAUCGUAUCACAUCGAUCAGUAUGGCGCCGAACGGUAUGGCGUUGGCAUCGUGCAGCUGGGAUCAGCAUGUUCGUAUCUGGGUUUAAAUGCGUUUAGCGUUUUACUCCAACAGCCUUCGAAUGGCAAAGCAACAUUUUGUUAUCCGCAGAAACUGCGGAAGCGUGAAAGAAACAUUUACCGACUAAUGUUACGUUUCCCCGUUCACCAAAAGCCUAGUAAAACCCGGACGAGUUCCAGGCGACCGCAAUAUACGCAAUAUACAACGCAAACGUUCGAACUUGGGCAAAGAGUUCCUUUACAACUAUUCAAAACGUUUCUGUAAGAAGCAAACAAAUACAUAGCUUGCUCCACAUUAUAAAUAUGUA